GAUUAAGUGUUUUCUGUGACGUUGUGACGAUCAAAUUGUACACGUUAAAAAUGCACAAAAUGAGCUCAAAGUGCAUGUUUUAGGCAGCAAAAUGCCUUCGAUAGGUGGUGCUCAUUAUCCCUGAGAUGUUUGACGUUUUUACCCGCCUCGUGUCACAUCGUCUUUAAUAAGCAGAAAUGCAUGAAGACUGACUUGAGUGCACUUUAUUAUUCUGUAUGACAAGUGCUGAAGUUUUGCCCCUGCUUUGUAUUUUGCUUCUAAUUAUUAUUUAUUACACUGAUCGAUAUGAGAGUUGGUUUUGGCUCCGUGGUCCUCGGCGCUGGAUUAAGCGCCAUUCUCAGCUUCAUCUUUCUGGCGCUCGCCGUCGGAACCGAUUACUGGUACAUUAUAGAGGAUAAACGGACGAAUCACACAGAACCGCAGCAUGUGCAUUCUGGACUUUGGGGAGUGGAAACUGAUGAACAGCCCUUUACAGAAGAUCCUCCAAAAAUUUCAGAAUCAGAAAAACACAUGCAGAAUAUGCAUAAUGUGAUUGCUGUCCUGCUGCCUCUCAGUCUGGUGCUCUUAGUGUUUGGAGGAAUAUGUGGUAUGGUCAGCUCUCUGGCCCGGAGUAGACUUCUCCUCAUGGGAACUGCAUCCUAUUUUCUUCUUUGCAGCCUUCUCACUGUCUCUGGUGUAAGUCUGUAUAUCAGUUAUUCCCAAAAAGCUCUGGAGGAGGCAAAGAUAAGGAUUGGGUUGGAGCAGAUGGCCAUGGUUCACACAUCCUUCGGCUGGUCAAUGGGCUUGGCCUGGCUCUCCUUCAUCCUGGAAAUGAUAACCGGUCUUCUCCUACUGCUUGCUGCCUGGAUGGUCCAAUUAGUCCAGUACCAGGAGACUGUGGCCCCUAUAUAAUUCAGAUCUCCAGUGUGCAUGGGUUUGCCAAGUUAAAAAGCAAUAGUGCUGUCAUUCCAGUAGCGUUAACAUCCCAUCAUUUAUUUAUUUCACUUGGGUACAUUUUAAAGUACUUUUGUUUGAUUAUGAUAAAUCAAUAAUGUUUUUUCUAUGCAUUUUACACAUACUUUAUUUAAAUUUAAAUAUAAUUUUCUGGAAUGGUAAUUGUGGAAGUUAUUUUUUAAGUAUUUUUAAAUAAUUUAUAAUUGAAGUGUUGACCAAAAGCAUGUUCAUAGUAUAUUGCACAAAAACAAGACCAUUAACGUCCAUUUUAACACCAUUUUUCUACACUUUAAUUAACCAUAAGCCUAAUUCAAAGAGACCCAGCAAUGGUUCAUGUCAACAUACUGGACUUGAGGUGUUCCAGAUGCAACACAUAUGAAAGUUAAGAAACUUUAGCCAUCAAAACAACCUUUAAAUUAUUGCUUUUGUUAAAGUGUAUGCAGAGUAAGUACCAGGCCACAGUAGCUUAUAAUUUUGAGAUAUGUGCUUUACCUAAUGUGCUGGACAUUAUUUUACUUCAUCACCUUUUUAGGAUCAUCUUUAUCUGCCCAUUCAUAUAAUUAUAGUUAUACAUGCAGUG